CUCACAUCAUCGCUUACUCCUCCUCUCUUCGCACUAUCACCUUCAGCCCAACCCGCCCUUGGAUCGCAAGUACACAAUGGGCGCUGCACCGUCCAAGCCCACCCCCAGCACGACGCGCGAUCUCGACGAGAAGGCAGUGUAUCUUGACGCCGCCCGUCGCCAGGCCGCCAACGCUGAGCCGCUCGGCGAGGCAAUGGACGCGAGUCUGAGCGCCAACACAGUCGCGGCCUGGGACAAGGAGCUCGAAGAUGACCCGACGUUUAAGCUCGCACGGCUGGUGCUUGCGUCGUCCGAUCCCAUCGUGUCGCUCAAGAACCGCGCCGCCGAGGCCGCCGACGAGAAGAUCUUCAAUGUCAACCUCAAAGGCGUUAACGACAAGGGCGACUACCCCGGUCCAGUGACAAACCAGGCGAGCAGCGGACGCUGCUGGCUGUUUGCCACCACCAACGUGCUGCGGUACAAUGUCGUCGAGACGGCUAAGCUUGGCGAGUUCCAGCUCUCUCAGAGCUAUCUUUUCUUUCACGACAAGAUGGAGAAGGCCAACUACUAUCUUGAGAAUAUGAUCGAGCUCGUCGACGAGCCCCUCGAGGGCCGUCUGGUCUCUUUCCUGAACUCGGCGCCGGUCGGCGAUGGCGGGCAGUGGGACAUGGCGUACAACCUUGUGGCCAAGUACGGUGUUAUCCCGCAGACGCUAUACCCCGACUCGUUUAGCGCAACGUCAAGCUCGCGCAUGGGCUGGCUCCUGACCGCCAAGUUGCGAGAGUACGCGUUCGCGCUGCGCGCUGCCGCGCGCCCGAAGGAGGGCGAGGCGGCGUCGCUCCAGACCCUUCGCGCCAUGAAGGCCAAAUACAUGCGCGAAAUCUACCGCACGCUGUGCACGACCCUGGGCACGCCGCCGCGCCCCGACGAGGAGUUCACGUGGGAGUACUACGACGCGGACAAGAAGUACCAUUCGUGGAGCGGGACGCCGCGCGAGUUCUACGCCAAGUUCUGCGUGCGCAAGGGCAUGGAUCCAAAGGACAGCUUCUCGCUCAUCAACGACCCGCGCAACCCGUACGAGAAGCACUACACCGUCAAGCGGCUGGGCAACGUCCUCGAGGCUGGGCGGGUCAAGUACGUCAACGCGCCGAUCGAGGUCCUCGAAGACGCCGUGAUUGCGGGAAUCAAGGCCAACACGCCGCUCUUCUACGGCUGCGACGUCGGCAAGUUCAGUAACGGCACCAAGGGGAUCAUGGACACGGCGAUCUACGACAUCCCCACUGCGUACGGCUACGCGUACGGCAUGGACAAGGCGCAGCGCCUCGUCUCCGGCGAAAGCGCGGCCACGCACGCCAUGGUCAUCACCGCCGUGCAUGUCGGCAAAGACGGGCGGCCGGUGCGUUACAAGGUCGAGAACUCGUGGAGCAACACCAGCGGCAAGAAGGGCUGGUGGAUGAUGAGCGCCGAGUGGUUCCGCGAGUUCGUGUACCAGGUCGUCGUGCCACGAUCCAUCGUGGAUAAGAAGUGGGCGGCCGUGCUCGAGCAGAAGCCGAUCGAGUUUGAGCCUUGGGACCCGAUGGGUGCGCUCGCGUGAGGUUAGCGAGGUGAGGUGCGGAAUGAGCGUCGGGUAUCGUAAGGAGACAAUCAGAACAUGAGAUGGAUAGAAUUGUUGCUUGUGCAUGUG